UCGAUACAAUGUGACAUCGGUUUGAGUAGUCGGCAUGAGAGGGCACAGGACUCGGGAUGCUGAACCAAAAUAAUGUAUAUUUAUUGACAGGAGUUGGUUCAAAUUGCGUAGUUUUAUUGUCGAAAGAAGUGGACUUAGUCGUUGUUGUAUAAUUCAACCGCUGACAAAACCAUGUUUCGUCAAACGAAGGCGGCUCUCCAGAAACUUCGAUAUCUGAGUUUCAAUGGACAGCGGCAUACUUGGAGGCUGAAGAGCACUUCAGCAGAGAGGGCUCUUCAGUACCAACCAGGACAUAAGAUCCAUGGCUUUACAGUCAAAGAGGUUGUAGCAGUCCCUGACUUGUUCCUCACAGCAGUGAAGCUGACUCAUGAUAAAACUGGAGCUCAGUACCUGCACGCAGCCAGAGAUGACUCCAACAACCUCUUCAGUGUCCAGUUCAGGACGACCCCCAUGGACAGCACAGGGGUUCCCCACAUCCUGGAGCAUACAGUGCUGUGUGGAUCUGAGAAGUAUCCCUGCAGAGACCCUUUCUUCAAGAUGCUCAACAGGUCUCUGUCCACCUUCAUGAAUGCCUUCACAGCCAGCGACUACACUAUGUAUCCAUUCUCAACCCAAAAUGGAAAAGACUUCCAGAAUCUUUUGUCCGUCUAUCUGGAUGCAGUUUUCUUCCCUUGUUUACGAGAGCAGGAUUUCUGGCAGGAGGGUUGGAGGCUGGAGAAUGAAAAUCCCACAGAUCCCAACUCCCCUCUAGUGUUUAAAGGAGUGGUGUUCAAUGAAAUGAAGGGUGCUUUUUCGGACAACGAGCGUCUGUAUGCACAGCACCUUCAGAACAAGCUGUAUCCAGACCACACCUACUCUGUGGUGUCAGGUGGAGAACCUCUGGCCAUCCCCGACCUUACCUGGGAGCAACUCAAACAAUUCCACGCCACACACUACCACCCCAGCAAUGCUAGGUUCUUCACCUAUGGAGAUUUGCCUUUAGAGCAGCAUCUGAAGCAGAUUGAAGAAGAAGCUCUGUCCAAGUUUGAACGCAUCAACCCGAACACAGAGGUCCCCUCCCAGUCACACUGGAGCAGCCCAAGAGAGGACCAUGUGACCUGCAGCCCUGAUGCUUUGGCACCGGAUCCAGCCAGGCAGAACACGCUGUGUGUGAGCUACCUGCUGGGAGACAUCACUGACACAUUUGAAGGAUUCACUCUCAGUCUGCUGUCCUCUCUGAUGAUCUCUGGCCCAAACUCCCCGUUCUACAAAGCUCUCAUCGAACCCAAGAUAGGAACUGACUUCUCCUCUGUUGUAGGAUACGAUGGCAGCACCAAGGAGGCAUCGUUCAGCAUAGGACUGCAGGGAAUGGCUGAGGAGGACAUAGAGAGGGUGAAACAAAUCAUCAGCCAAACCAUUGAUGACAUUAUAGAGAAUGGCUUUGAGGAGGAAAGAAUUGAGGCUCUUCUCCAUAAGAUUGAGAUCCAAAUGAAACACCAGUCCACCAACUUCGGUCUGUCUUUGGCUUCGUACAUAGCAUCAUCAUGGAACCAUGAUGGCGACCCUGUACAACUGCUGCAGAUCAGUGACAGUGUUGCCAAGUUCAGACAGUCCCUGGCAGAAAACCCUCGCUUCCUUCAGGACAAAGUUAAGCACUACUUUAAGGAGAACACACACAGACUGACCCUGUCCAUGAGCCCAGAUGAAGCCUAUUUAGAGAAACAGGCAAAGGCUGAGGAGGAAAAGCUUCAGAAAAAGAUUCAAGCUCUAUCUGACAGCGACAGGAAGGAGAUCUAUGAGAAAGGUCUGGAGCUGUUGACUGCCCAGAGUAAAACCCAGGAUGCAUCCUGUCUGCCUGCUCUCAAAGUGUCUGACAUCGAGCCAACGAUACCCAUCACCCCCGUUCAUAUCAGCGCAGCAGGAGGCGUGCCGGUUCAGUACUGUGAACAGCCCACCAAUGGCUUGGUUUACUUCAGAGCCAUGUGUAGUCUCAACACCUUGCCAGAGGAUCUCAGGCUUUAUGUCCCACUCUUCUGCAGUGUUAUUACCAGAAUGGGCUGUGGAGGUCUGGAUUACAGGCAGCAGGCCCAGCAGAUGGAGCUGAGGACAGGGGGCAUGUCUGUUUCCACCCAGGUCAUCCCUGACUCCACACAGCUGGACAUGUACGAGCAGGGUAUCCUCCUGUUCUCCUCCUGCCUGGAGAGGAACCUUCCUCACAUGUUUCAGCUGUGGAGUGACAUAUUCAACAGCCCCCACUUUGAUGAUGAGGAGCGCCUGAGAGUUCUAGUGAUGAUGUCAGCACAGGAGUUGGCCAAUGGGAUCUCAUACUCUGGUCACAUGUACGCUAUGACCCGUGCGGGCCGUCACCUGACUCCAGCAGGAGACCUCCAGGAGACUUUUAAUGGAAUGGAACAGGUGAAAUUUAUGAAGAGGAUAGCUGAGAUGCCAGACCUCAGCCAAGUUAUCAGAACAUUACCCAGAAUCAAGAAACACCUUCUCAACCCAGACAACAUGAGGUGUGCAGUCAACACAACUCCACAGAAACUGUCUGACACAGCAGCACAGCUGGAGAGCUUUAUCAGGGACGUUGCUGAAAACAGAAAAGAACGCAAACCUGUCAGAUCAGACAUUACUGAGAGACCACUAGACCCUCUGAAUGACUCUGGACCAAGCAGAAAACUAAUCUCUGAGCUGAAUUUCCAGCCAUGUCAGAUGAAAACCUUCUUCCAGAUGCCCUUUCCUGUCAAUUUUGUCAGUGAGAGUAUACGUACAGUACCAUUCUCUCAUGAGGACUAUGCCAGUUUGUGUAUCUUGGCAAGGAUGAUGACAGCUAAAUUUCUCCAUGGAGAGAUCCGAGAGAAAGGUGGAGCCUAUGGUGGUGGUGCCAGGAUGGGAGGAGGCGGUCUGUUCUCCUUUUACUCAUACAGGGACCCCAACUCAGUACAGACAUUAUCUGCAUUUCGUAAAGGUGUUGACUGGGCAAAGUCAGGACAGUUCACCCAACAAGACAUUGAUGAAGCCAAACUGUCCAUCUUCUCAGCUGUUGAUUCACCUGUGGCCCCCGCAGACAAAGGGAUGGGUCGUUUCCUCAGUGGGGUCACAGAUGAGAUGAAGCAGGGUCACAGAGAAAGACUCUUCGCUGUCACUCAUAAAAACCUGGUGGAUGUGGCUGAAAGGUACUUGAGUGUCGGUCAGAGGACAUGUGGUGUUGCCAUCCUCGGUCCAGAGAAUGAGACAAUUAAGAAAGAUCCUUCAUGGAUUGUAAAAUAAUUUGAUUACUAGGUAUUUUCUAAUUGAAAACUUAAGUGGACCUCUGAUGUAUCACAGUGGGAAGAUGUCCAAGUGCUGUAAACCCAAAGGCAGUUCUCUGGUUAGGAUUUUUUGAAAUAGUGGCUGAACUGAAGCGCACAACAUAAAGAGGACAAAUGUGUUUUAGUCAUAAUCUGAUUCUUCAGAUGAACACUAUUUCCAUUGAUUUUGUUGUGUAUAUAUUUAUGGAAAUGUAACUGUUACAUAAUCAUAUUGGAAUAUAAAAUCUGUGUCUUUAUUUAACAACAAUUUUGUUAUCAUGGAGUCAGUAACAGAGUAAAGCUUUUUUGUCAUUAAAUUGAGUGAUGUUCUUUUCUUUGUUGUAGAAAGAUCUUUUGUGGUAUAAGAAAAUAAUCAAGAGUUUCACUGCCCACAGUGCAGCAUUAGAAAUUCCAUUCCAUUCAAUUUUGAUUUUGGAGAAACACAUUCACCUGGCACUGAUUGUAGGAAUCUUACAAAUUAAUGUAAACUGUUCAAAAUAUGUAGGUGACUUACAAUACCAUUUAUAGUUAGAUUCUAAAGAUAGAUACUUAGAUACUAUGACCGUUACAUGAAAUACCAUAUUGUGAUAUUUUAAAACUUACCACUGUGACAUUUUUAAUGACAUUUUUUAUGAUUGGUGUUUCUAAUGACAUUUUUUUCUGACUUAUUAUACUAUGACAGCUUUUUUUUUUUUACUUACUGAUAAAUGGAAAAUAAGUAACAAACUCAGUGCUGUACAAUUCAAGUAAGGUUCCCUGUCCAACAUAACAUCUUUUAAAGAAAGAAUGUUCUCAGUUUAUAUACAGGGAACAUUAAGCCAAUCAUUCAUACGAAAUAACAACAAAAAAGUUAUUAUUGAAAAUAAAAAUAAAAACUUUUUUUUUGA